UCCGGUUUUGUCUGUUUAUUUCAUCAAUUUUCCGCUAAUUUACGUAAAAUUUGAUAUAUUUUUUCCUUCGGCACCGGUCGCGGAUGUAUCCGGGAGUGAAAUCGUGUUGAAGUUUUCAGUGUUCAAGUGGAAUCGAAAGAAUGGAAUGGCAGUUUGUGAUACCGCGGCGGCAUUCGGAGCUGCUAAACUCGGAUAAAAACAACUACUGCGUUGGACGCGUUCUCGACUCGCGGGAGAUUCCGGACGCUCUGAAGAAUGCCCGGUCGGCCAUGAAUGAUCCCUUCAGUGUGUUUGAUCACUUCGAUACGUUCUUCUCGGUGAUCGACAAUGCACAACAGCUUUCGGGGACGAGUCUGCUGCGGGCGUUCGAUUUGCUGUACAUUGCAGUGGAUCGGCUGGGCAAGAAGCUGGCCGAUGAUCUGGGGACAGCAGAUCUGCCGAGGGAAGAGCGAUUGCCGGCGUUGAAUGCGGUUAAAAUGUUAAUCUAUUUGAUGGGUGGACUGGUGAAAGUGGUCGAUGCCCAUGUGAGCACGGCACGGGAAGGAAUGGGACUGUUUAAGAAGGGAGGCGCGAAGAAGAAGGACAACGAAGAGUUGGAAACGCUGGACUGGGACAGAAAGCGGUAUCGAUGCGUGGUUCAGUUGUACAAUUUGUUUCAACUCCCGCUGGAGCGUCUGUGGGAUCCACCGGUGUGCGAGGAAUCGUUUGUUGAUGUCGUCUGUGACAUUUGUUAUCGGACGUUGGAGCAGUCUUACGUGAAGAAUCGUGAGCUGGUGGACAGUGUAUUUCAGAUUUUGGGCACCGCGAUCAAACGGUACAAUCAUGCUUUGUCCUUCCCUGUGCGGACGAUGCAAAUUCUGGAGCAGUGUGAAGCCUCUAUUGCUCCGAUCGCUUCAGGAGUGAUGCUGCUGUACGAGGAAUUUGGAAUAGCAACCAUCUAUCCCGUGCUGAUUAAAGAGUUGAUUGAGAGACUAGGGGCCGAUGUUGCGGAUGCCCAAGCAGCUCGUCAUUUCAGUCAGUUUUUGCUGGAAUUGGGAACUCUGGCGCCAAAAUUGAUCAUUCCGCAUCUAUCGAUGCUGAGCGAUGAGUUGCUGGGUCUGGAUGCGUACGUAGUCCGGAAUUGUGUCCUGCAGAUCAUGGGAGAAGCCAUCGUGUCCGAACUGACAUCAGAGGAUCUUACGGAUGAGUUGAAAGAAACUCGAGACGAAUUCUUGCAGGAUCUGUUCAACCACAUGAUGGAUGUUGCGGCACACGUAAGAUCCAAGGUGCUGCAAGUUUGGCAUCACAUUGAGCGUAACAAUGCCGUUCCGUUGAGCUGGCGGCAUCAAAUUCUGGAGAGGGCCGUCGAACGGUUGGAGGAUAAGGCACUGCUGGUCCGGAAAAAUGCCAUCGCACUGAUUAAAGCAUUCCUGGAGCAUAAUCCGUUCUCUGCUAAGCUAUCGCUAGCCGAGCUACGCACCCAGUACGAAGAGGCUGAUAAGAAACUUCAGGAGAUCCGCGACAAGAUGGUCGAACAGGAUACGGCCCUGAAGAAAACCGAGGAAGACUGGGAAGAUCUAACCGUGCAGAUGUAUCCAAUAUUCUCCGAAGAACUCUCGCGGCAGAAUUCUUCGGAUGAAGCAACACAGUUAACCGGAACCGACGCCGAUGUCGAAUCGCUGGUCAAGGACAUUGGAGACAUCGUAGAGGGCCAAAGGUACAAGGAGCUGGUACACUUGGCUUGCAAGGUGGACUAUGCCAUUGGGAACACCGAAACCAGAAAGACACUCACCGUGGAGCAGCAGUGCAUCUACUUUCUGGCGGUAUUGAAGAACUAUUACAUCAACAAUCGUCACGGUCCGAACUUGAACGAAGAGUUUCAGAAAAUCGAAAAUGAAGUAAAUUUUCUGAAAGAUUCUAUUCGAUUCUCGGAAAUCGUUUCCGACGCGGUGCCGAAGCUACAGGAAAUGUUGAUGUCAAAAUCCCAAACGGAUGUCUACGAAGCGAUUGACUUUUUUACGUCCGCCUAUCUGUUUGGAAUUAAGGGAACCGAGUGUGGCAUGCAGCAAAUGUUGUACUUGGUGUGGUCUUCGGAUGCAGACAAGCGCAACAGCGUGACGGCCGCUUACAAAAGAGUGCUGCUGGAGGUAGACUUGGAGGGAAGAGCAAAGAACGUCAAGGUGGUGCAGAAUUUGUGCCAGUUCAUGGUCAAGCUGUCCAUGGGUCACUACACGGCCAUGGAAGUGCUGGUCAAUGAAUGGGUCGAGAGUGGGGAUGUGGACGCUCAGAUGAUUCAGGUCAUGUUUGAAAUCUACACGAAAAAGUUGGAAAAUGUAACGGAUUCCGAAUCUCGGCAAGCACUUCAAUUGCUCAUCAUGGCAUCGGCUGGAAAGCCCUCGGUCGUAACGGCGAAUCAGGCGCUGAUUGAAAGCAUUGGGUUUGAGCAGCGGGGACGAAAGGAUCCCCGAAUCUUCACAGCCACCUUAUCGCUGUUGAUGAACUCGGUUGCAAAACCGAAAGACGGUUUAAAAUACUACAAACGGUACGAAGCCGAUUCGUCGAUAGUGGGAAAAGUGACGGACAUUUUCGUGAAACUAUUUUUCAACAGUAAAAUUGCCAAUUUCGACAGCAUCGGCAACAAGACGUUUGAUUUCAUCUACAAAAUGGUAAGCACUCCGGACAUAAUUAGUCAGGACAUCCUGGUCACCAUCUACGAGAAGCUACAUGUUAUUGCAAAUGAAUUUCCUAGUGAACGGGAAAACCUUCACCUCUCUCAAGACUUGCAAUCGCAAAUCCCUGGAGCCACUCAGGAGGAAGUUAAUCGUCAGUCGCAGGGUUCACAGAGCGGUCACAAAAACGUUAUCACAUUUCCAACGUUCCUGAUUGCUCGUUUCAUCCUCAUGAUCGGCUAUGUUGCUAUGCGGGAAAUGAUCUACCUAGACAUCGACGUCUACAGUAACCUAAAGUACCGGCAGGAGCUGAAGGAAGAGAUCAGAAAUCGUAAAAAGAAGAACGCAGCCGUCAGCAAGACGACUCCCAAACGAAAGGCCAUGAUGAAUGUAUCGGCCAGUAAUGCACUGAAACGUCUCUCCGGGACGACUGGCAAAGAGCAGGAACAACCCGAAGAGGAAGAACUUCUGAGUGGUGCCACGGCCGAGGACACCGUCGCCGAAGAGAUCACCUACAUUUGCGAAACGGAAAUGCUCUAUAACAAGGAUUCGAUGCUGGCCCGAUUCAUACCGACAAUAAUAGAGAUUUGUAAGCACCCGAACCGUCACAAAGACGAUUUCCUGCAGAAAUCCAGCACCCUCACCCUGAUUCGCCUUAUGUCCGUUUCGUCCACCUUUUGCGAAAACAAUAUGCCCUUCCUGAUGAACAUCCUUCAACACACGAAAAACAACCAAAUUAAAUGCAACAUCGUCAUCGGUCUGUCCGAUCUGACCUUCCGCUUUCCGAAUGUGAUCGAACCCUGGACCAGCCACAUGUACGCAACGCUUCACGAGAAGAACGUCGAACUGCGCCUGAAUGCCGUCAAAAUGCUCUCUAAUCUCAUCCUGCACGAAAUGAUCCGCGUCAAGGGUCAAAUCUCCGAUCUGGCCAUGUGCAUCGUCGAUGUGGAGAAAGAAAUCCGAACCAUCACCGAGCAGUUCUUCAAGGAAAUUGCCAACAAAUCCAACAUUCUGUACAACGUCCUGCCGGAUAUCAUUUCCCGGCUGAGCGACCCGGCGCUCGAUUUGGAAGAAUCCAAGUACCAAAUCAUCAUGCAGUACAUAAUCGGGCUUAUCAACAAGGACAAACAGAUCGAAUCAUUGGUCGAGAAGCUGUGCCUGCGGUUCCGGGUAACGAGCGAACAGCGCCAGUGGCGGGACAUUGCAUUCUGCCUGUCACUGCUGUCGUACAACGAGAAGACCAUCAAGAAACUGUCGGAGAACGUCGGAUGCUUCAAGGACAAGGUGCAGUACGAUGAGAUCCAUGCGUCGUUCAAAACCAUCAUCAGCAACACCAGCAAGUCGGCGAAACCGGAACUGAAGGCGGCAGUUGCCGAAUUCGAAAAUCGACUGGAUGAAUGCCUAGCCAUCCGCGAGGAGGGUGCUAUCGGCAUGGCCAGCGACACUGCCGGUGAUGAAUCCGGAUCUCCCAAGGAUACCCAGCUGGUGGCCGGAGGCAGUCGCGGAGGAGCCCGGGGAAAAGCCACCGGCAGUAAGACCGCACCAAAGUCCGCGGCGAAAGGCAGGGCAGCAGCAUCGAGACGCGGCGGCGGCCGCGGUCGGCAGAAACCAUCGUCGUCGGAAAGUGAUUCGGACAGCGAGGAGGAAAAUCUGCCACCGGCUGCCAGUGCACGGGCAGUGGCCCGGGCGAAACAAAACAAGAAAAUCACCAAGGUUAUCGAGAGUGAUAGUUCAGACGAAGAUGAGGAAGAGGUCGCACCGCAACCUAAAAAGGGCAGGGGGAGGCAUUAGCAAUGUUCCUCGGUUCGUCGUACCUCGUAUUCGCAUCCAGUGUGCUAUCGAAUAUUUAGUUCUUAAGCUCAAAUUAAGUUGCAAAACAACAAUAGUGAAGUUCAAAGUUUUCUAAGCAUAAAUUAUGCACUAGUGUUAAGUUACGUCAAGCCAAUAUACAAUUUUCUGAUCGCACGUGUGUGCGUGUGUGUGUGAUUCAUCCGAAAUCCUCUUCUCCGUCCCUGUGCAUCAGUGCUUCGCAAAGGGGUAAAUGUCGAUGCUUGAUCUCCACCAUCUGGCCCUGUCGGUCGGUAUGCAACCGCAUGUUACACCCAAGUGUGUUCACAUUCGCGCAUCGCCAAUAAAGACGGCGCUCGGAGGCGCCGUUCCGAUAAAAACAAAAUCCUUGGUACAGCAUUUUCUUCUUACGGAACGGGUCAACGGAUCGGCCCCCUUCUUGGUAAUCCGCUGCUGUUGGUGGGUGAUUAUGCUGGUGCUGCGAACCGACCCGUAUCGACCCAGUGCUGCCGUUCAUCGUCAGAGAAGCUUUGCACUUGAAACGGCGCAUCAGCGAACACCGAUAGUAGGUGGUUUCCUUCCGGACGGGACCACUCUUGUGGUAGUGAUGGCCCUGAUGGAACAGCCUAGCCUGACGGCGAUCGACCACUUGAAUCCGAGUAGAUGCUGGGAAGAGAUUUGUAGAGAAAUUAUGUUAGUGACAGAACAAACAAAACAAUUCGCUUAUAGGAUGUGAUACUCCGACUACGCUAGAAAAACUGAACCCCCGAUAUUAAUUAAUAUUAUUCAUUUACCUUCAUUCAUGCAAUUUUGCUCAAAUAUAUAUAUAAUCAGAGAUAAUUAAACAUUAGUACAAUUACAAUUGUUGUCAAGAUUGAUGAUUGAGCUUUCCAUGCCAAUAAAGUGAUUACGUUUGUACAAAUCAAAACGAUACAAAUUUAUCAAUUCCAAAUUUGUUGCUUAGCACUAGGUAGUUUUGAAAAAAAAAGAAAGGAAAAGUUUGUAAUUUGGUUGGACAACAAUUGUCGAAAUGACCUUACUGGAAGAGUGCCGCGAUAGUUUCCUUUUGUUUUGUUCGAGAAAAUGAAAAUCAAACCGAUGUCGAUAAAGAAGAGCCAGCCUUGUCUCACGACUUGUUGCUUCGUUGCUAAAAAUAACACUGAGUACGUAAAUAUGUAACACCAGCACGCGCACGGCGAGGGGUGAU